GUUUGGUAAUUUCAACAAUUGGCAAGUUCCAUAACAAUAACAUUUCCCUCCCUUUAGUCCUUUUACCAAUACCAUCUCUCAAAUUGAAAUUUUUGAAAACGAAACGAAGUACCCGCCGGAGACAAAUAUGAAGGGUACAGCCCGCCGCCGUCCAAAGGCGUCUUUCAAUCCUCCGCCACCCCCUACUCCCCAAUUCCGCCGCGAUUCCGAUGUCAGCUUUGCCAGUAGCCGCCCUUCUUCCAUCGGAAUGUCUCGUCCCUCCUCCGCUUCCAUCGACAUGUACAAAGAACGAGCCGUUCAAAUUUCCACUGUCAACACCAUCAACUCCUCUCUCAAGGAGCUCUUUUCUCACUCCUUUAACGUAACAUUCAAACCCUUCUCUCCCCCUUCCCUCAAAGAUCUUACUGAAACGAUUAAUUUGCUUCUUCAAUGUCUCGAUUAUCCUCCCACUAAGCUUGAGGAUGAUCUCCCCAUCCUUCUCAAAUCCCUUGGGUAUCCCUUCAAAAUUAACAAGAACAUCCUCAAGAAUCCCCCUGCUCCUCAUCAGUGGUACCAAAUUCUUGCCCUACUUCACUGGCUUGUUCAGGUUGCUCUUUAUAACUAUAACCUAGCAAAUGAUUCCAAUCCCAUUUUUACGGGUCACGAUGUGAAUAUAUAUGUGUUGAAUAGCUAUUUGCAUUAUAUGCGUGGGGAUGAUGAUUCGGUUGAGGCUUUAGAUCAGGAGUUUAUGGAGAGGUUGAAGAAAACGAGGGAUGAUUCACGUGAAAGCUUGAAGGAACUGGAGGAGGAAGUUAAGGUGCUCGAAGCCAAGGUCGAGGCCUUGCGGUCAGAUCCCUCGCAGAGGGAGGUUCUUGAGAAGCAGCAGAGUUUGCUUGAAGAGGAUGUGAAGAAGUUCCAUACCAUGAUCGCGGGCUACAGUGAGAAGAUGCAGGAAAUGAAGAAACUUUUGGAGGAAAAGGAAAAGGAGUUGGACGUUAAAAUGGAGGAGAGAAAUAAGAUUUGUGAAGAGAAUGAAGAACUGAAGAAGAGGGUGGAGUCUCAAUUGUUUAAUCCUAGAGAUGUGGAAAGGAUGAGAAGAGAAUUGCAGGCUGUGGAGAGGGACAUUGGUGAUGCCGAAGUCUCGAGGAACUCGUGGGAGGAGAAGUCAUGGGAUCUUGAUGCAACUCUAGGAAAUAAAUUUAAGGAGCUUGAGGCCAUUGCAAUGGAAUGUAACCAGGCGAUGAGAAGAUUAAAGCUCGAUAGUUGUCAUCAGUAUGUCCUGAAUGCAAAGGGGUCGACACCAGCUGAUGUGAUGGGGAUUGACUAUAAGACAACGCUUAAGCCUGCACUUGAUUCCUUUGCAGAGGACAUAAGGAGAAGUUCUAUGAUGAAGUUGGAAGAGUUGAUUUCUCUUAGGCAGCAAUCAAGUGAAAAUACUGCUAAAAUUGAGUCUAAACGCGACCACAUAGCUUCCCUUCAAUCCCAUGUUAAUGAACAUGAAACACAACUAAUCUCCUUAAAAGAUGAAAUGAGAGAUUAUAUUUUAAGAUGCUCCACGGAAUCUAAGAAGAUGGUGGAGGAUGUUCAACAAGAAGCUCAUAACUUAGAUCUCGUGGAAGGAGAAGCAGAGGAGAGUUUGAAGAAUGCCAAAUUGGCGCAUCAGGAAGCAAUAAAGCAAGGAGAAGAAGAAAUUCAUAUGUGUGCUCGUGAACUACUUUCAUGUCUUGACUCUGUCUCACAAUAUAAAGCAGUUGUUAGCUGCAAAAUUUCAGAUAUGGAAAGCUGCCUCUCGAAGGCUGCUGCCGGUAUCUCUGAGGCUUUCAAGAAUUCUAUGCCUGCAGAAUAAGGGCGUUUCUUCUUCUAGGAGCUGUUCAGCAAGCUCGGGUGAAUUAGGUAGCUUUCUGGUUGAGAUAGUCGAACAAAAAAUUAGAAGGAAUGACGACCUACAUUAACCUUUUUGUGACCUGUGAAAGAGAACAAAUAAAUUUAGUACUAAACUUUUUUUAUCAUUUUGAUUCAUUUCAUAUCAUACAUAAUACAACGAACAUCUUAUUAAGGUGUAUGUCCUCUAUCAACAAGUCAGAUGUUUGAAUCUUCUUACUCUAUGUUGUUGAACUCUCGAAUAAAUGGAAUGAUAAUUUUUUCUUUACAUAGAACAUGAGUAUUAUGGAUUAUUGAUUUUGUAAGGUUGACAUUGAGCAAUAACUAUUCGCAUAUAGAUAUAUAUGAAA